AUGAACUCGCAGACUGACCUACAGCAUGCCACAGCCCACACUAUCUCCCCCAUCAAGAAAUUGCAUGCACCUGUCACAAACAUUCAUCUAGCAACUGCAAAUAAAAUUUUGCUUCUUGCAUCUCUCCACCAAGCUGAGGCAGCCAAUGUUGCACUGAAAAAAUGCAUUAUUACACUCCAGGCAUCCAAUGUCUUGAAUGAGAUGUACUGUGUCAAAAUUCGCAGUCAGCUUGCUCACCAGGAGUCAAAAAAGCAGUUCGAGGAGGCUCAAACAAGAGCUGCAGCUGAGAAGAGAAUAAGGACAAAAGAGCGAAAGAGACAUGCUGAAGCAUUGACAGAUUGGAAGAAGCUUGAGGAUGCGAGGAAGGCAGAGAAUAAGGCACAGCAAGAGCACUAUUACAAAGCAUUACAGAUAUUAACAUAA